UGGCAGACAGCAUACCUCUUGGAGGCACAACAAGCCACUCAGGGAUUCUAUUCUCUCCAGGCAGCCUUCAUUGCCCAGGUUUCUGAAGCAGCCAUGGCAACAGUACCCGAACCCACCAACGAAGUGAUGGCUUACUACAGUGAGGAGGAUGACCUGUUAUUUGAGGCUGACGGCCCCAAACAGAUGAAGUGCUGCGUCCAACACCUGGACCUCAGCUCCGUGGGAGAUGGGAGCAUCCAACUGCAAAUCUCCCACCAGCUCUACAACAGGAGCUUCAGGCAGGUAGUGUCGGUCAUCGUGGCCAUGGAGAAGCUGAAGAGGAUUCCCUGCUCACAGGCCUUCCAGGAUGAUGACCUGAGGAGCAUCUUUUCACUCAUCUUUGAAGAAGAGCCUGUCAUCUUUGAAACGUACGCUGAUAAUUUUCUGUGCGACGCGGGUGUGCAGUCGCUGAACUGCAAACUCCAAGACAAAGAGCAAAAAUCCCUGGUGCUGGCUAGCCCAUGUGUGCUGAAGGCUCUCCACCUCCUCGCGCGGGACAUGAACCGAGAAGUGAUUUUCUGCAUGAGCUUCGUGCAAGGAGAUGAAAGUGAUGACAAGAUACCUGUGGCCUUAGGCCUCAAGGAAAAGAAUCUAUACCUGUCUUGUGUGAUGAAAGGCGAUAGGCCCACCCUGCAGCUGGAGGAGGUAGACCCCAAAACUUACCCAAAGUGGAAUAUGGAAAAGCGAUUUGUCUUCAACAAGACAGAGGUCAAGAAUAGAGUUGAAUUUGAGUCUGCCCUGUACCCCAACUGGUACAUCAGCACCUCUCAAGCAGAAGAAAAGCCCAUCUUCCUAGGACGUUCCAAAGGCGGCCAUGAUAUAACUGACUUCACCAUGGAAAUCAUCUCUCCCUAAAGGAAGCUGUACCCAGAGUCCAUAUGGGCUGAAUGACCCCGAGGGCUGGCAGAAGGGGAAUCGAAGAACAUAGCUGCAGCCCAAACUUCACUGUUGUCUAAUCAAUGCCCAACUGCCCUCCGUAUAUUCGUGCUAGGAGAUCUCCUGCCCACCAUCCAGCAGGAAUAACCCCACUCUUCCCCCUGCCCGUCCUCAGACCCCAUCCACUGAGCCAGCCCUCUCUCACCUCUUCCACUCACUCAAAGCCAGCCUGCCAGAAACCAUGGCACACUAGAUUCAAAGAAAUCCUCUGUCCUUUGCACACAGCUUCUGAUGAGCGACCAUUUAACUAUUUAUUUAUUUAUUUAUUGAUGGGUUAAUCUAUUUAAUUUAAUUCAAGGGGGCCAAGAAGCAGCAGAGUCUGUGACAAAUCCUAGUCUUCGAUAUCUAUGGAACCAAUUUCAUUUGGGCUAGUGUGCCAUCUUUGUGUCAAGUCCUUUCACUAAGCCUGAAAACUUUUAAGCUCAGAUCAUUUAAACAGGAAUA